AUGCAAAGAUUAUAUGCUAAAUCAGUUGCAAAUGUUAAUACAAUUAAUAUAUCUAUUAUUGGUAUGAAUGGUUCUGGAAAGUCAGCUGUGGUCGUCAAAUAUCUAACCCGUCGUUUCAUUGUGGAAUAUGCACCUUAUCUGAGUGACAGUUACACGAAAGCUGAUUCAGUCGACGGCCAUGAAUUAACAGUGAACAUUCAGGAUACAUCUGAUAGUGAUGAAAUUGAUCUUGAUGAUAUAAUUAAAUGGUCACAGGCAAUUAUUAUAUUAUUUUCUAUGACAAGUCGUCGAAGUUUUUAUCGUGCUCAAGAGCUUGUUGAAGCAAUUCAUUCACAAUCUGAAUCAGUUGACAGAAAUCCAAAAUUAUCAGGAACACAACAAUCCAAAUCAAAUAAUUCACAACAAAUAAAUACAUCAUCAUCAACAUCAUUAAGUUCUUCAUCAGUUUCAUCAGUAAAUCCUAAUUCAAACAGUACACAACAUAGUUUAACACAAUCUGGUUCGUUAAGACGUUCAGCUUUAUAUACUAUAAAUACUGUCAAACCACCUAGUAUAAUACUUGUUGCAAAUAAAUCAGAUUUGGAAAGAUUUCGUUUGGUUCAAAAAGCAGAAGCUGAAGAGUUUGCAAAAUCUCACGGAAUUCCAUAUUACGAGAUAACUGUUACUGAAACUUAUAAAGAAGUUCAAACUAUUUUCCAUGCAGCAGCUCGUCUUUGUCUUCAAUCGAAAGGUUUGAAACCACGUCAAAUGAAUGGACAGACUACAUCUAGUAGUAGAGGUAUUCUUCCUGGUGGAAAUCCUCCUAGUGUAUUAACAAGUUUAGCAGUGUCACCAAGUCUGUUACUACAGAAAAAAUCAACAUCUGUAUCACCUAAUCUCGAAGUAACAACAAGUACAGAAUCUGAAUUGAAUACAACAACAACAACUGGUGGGCCUGCUUCAAUUCUUUCCAAUCUUAAAUUAAGAGCAGCCAGUCCUAAUUUAGUAACAAGUGGGAUAAAAACACCAACAUCUAUUAGGUUCAUUGGAUCACAAUCUAUUCUGAAUUCAAAACUACCCCCAACAGCACCCAACCAACCAGUAACUCAACUUUCUUCAUCUCAACAACAACAACAACAGCAGCAGCAGCAACAGCAACAACAAACUAAUUCAAAACCGGUAACAACCCAACCUACAUCAAUGAUACAAACACCAAAUACAUUAACUCGUAAACAUCCAAGUGUAAGUAGUAGUCAACCAUCAACGGAACAACGAACAACAUCGUUUAUUACACCAGCUAAUAUUAAUCAAACAUCAUCAGCAUCACAAAUACAAUUAAAUAAAAAACCACCUCCUAUAACAGUUCCUCAACCAAAAAAAUCCGGUUUAGGUUUUAAAUUUUUCUCUAAAAAAAAGUAGUUUAUUUUAAACAAUUUUCUUUUUUUUUCCAAUAUUUUAUUAAUUAUUUGUUUUAAACUAUAAGAAUAAUCCUCACAUGAAUGAAUCUCAUGUUUAAUGCAUAUUUUUUUAAAAAUCAGUACUUAUGCUCAUUUAUAAUUUCGGUGUAAUUUCUGGCUAGUAACAAAGCCAUACAUACACAUAUACAUACAUACAUAC